CGCGCCUUUUUCGUUUAAAAGAUGGCGCUAGCAGAGAAUCGAUAUGAUGCGGCUGAAUUACCGGAUUUGCUCCCUGUUUAUUAUAAACGUCUUUUCCCAUAUUCCCAGUACUUCCGAUGGUUAAGCUACGGUGGUGUCCCCAAGACCUAUUUCCAGAAUAGAGAAUUCUCCUUCACCCUGAAAGAUGAUAUCUACGUGCGUUAUCUGUCCUUCAAUAAUCAAAAUGACCUGGAGAAAGAAAUGCAGAAAAUGGCUCCUUAUAAGAUUGACAUUGGAGCUGUUUACUCAAACAAGCCUAGCCAACACAAUUCUAUGAAGUCAGGAACCUUCCAUGCUGAGAGUAAAGAGCUGGUUUUUGAUAUUGACAUGACAGACUAUGAUGAUGUUCGAACCUGUUGCAGCUCUGCAGAUAUUUGCCACAAGUGCUGGACACUAAUGACCAUUGCUAUCAAGAUUCUGGACAGAGCUUUGGAAGAGGACUUUGGGUUUCAACACCGGCUCUGGGUAUACUCUGGCCGAAGAGGGGUCCAUUGCUGGGUCUGUGAUGAGAAUGCACGGAAGCUUUCCCAGGCAGCUCGGUCUGCUGUUGCAGAGUACCUGAGUGUAGUUAAGGGUGGAACAGAUACAAUCAAGAAAGUACAUCUGAAUAGUCCCAUUCAUCCUUCUAUUCAGGAAUCUAUCACAGUGAUUGAUAGGUAUUUUGAAGACUAUGCUCUGAACAAACAAGACCUCUUUGGCUGUAAGGAAACUUGGCAGAAGGUCUUAGCUCUGGUUCCUGAUGAUAUCCUUUCAUUGGAAUUAACAACAUUUGAUGAAUCUAUGGUUCCCAUUUUUUUUAAACUUCUUUUUUGAAUUGGUAUUAGUAAAAGGUUUCUUGGAUUAAUAUCUCAACUUUUGCUUUCUUGUCCCUGGGCUUGUACUUUGAUCUAGUCCACUACAGUAACUUGUCUUUUCAGAAUCUUGGGAUUGUUACAGCUUAGGAGGAGACAACUUGGCCCAUUUUUGUCUGUGUUGGCUCUCCGCAUAGGACACAGUGCCACUUCCCCCAACUUCUCCCCAUAAUCCAGCACAUUCUGUUUUUUACGGAUAAUCCAGUUGUUCUUAACCUUUGAUCUACCAUGAAUCCUAACCAUUUGCAGUAUGAAAAAGUUGCUCAUCGUGUUGCCAUUGCUUCUUUUGCUAAUCACCUUUAAAUGUGCCUUCUAGUUCUCGAUCCUUCCUUUGAGAACAAUUUCUGCUGACCAACUCUCCCCAGUCCUGUCUUGAUUUUUGAAUACGUCUAUCUAAUUUCCUCUCAACCAUGUCUUCAAGAUGUCACUCCCAACUUGGCUAACUUCCGUAACUGUUCCUCAUCUGUGAGACCUUGUUGAAUCUUUUCUGCAUUCCAUUUCCUUUGCAUCCUUCCUAUACUGUGGUGCCCAGAACUGGACAAACUACUUAAGGUGAGGCCAAGCUUGUGUUUUAAACGUCUCCUUGCUCUAAAUUCCAUGCUUCUAUUCAUGAGGUCCAGGAUGUUGCAU